AUGCAUUGCAUUGAAACUCAGCCCCAAAAGUAACUAAAACACACAUAUAUCCCAAUCCCACCUCCAACCCCGUCCAGCUCCAGCUGCUAUUAUCUCAAUAAGAACUCUUCACUAUCAAAUCAAAUCAAAUCAGUCCGUCCAAAGCGAUGGACCCCUUACUCCUCCUCUUUAGCCUAUCUGCCGCUACUUGUGCAUACCUCCUAUGGUUCUACCUCCUAGCCCGGAAUCUAACUGGACCGAAGGUCUGGCCAGUCUUCGGGAGCCUCCCUUACCUCUUCUUGAACAGGAAGAGGAUGCACGACUGGAUCGCCAGCAACCUCUGCUCCACCGGCGGUGCUGCCACCUACCAGACGUGCACCAUCGCCUUGCCCUUCCUGGCCCGGAGGCAGGGGUUCUACACUGUUACGUGCCAUCCCAAGAACAUCGAGCAUGUCCUGCGCACCCGCUUCGAUAACUACCCCAAGGGGCCCACGUGGCAGACCGCCUUCCACGACCUACUCGGCCAAGGUAUCUUCAACAGCGACGGCGACACAUGGCUUAUACAGCGAAAGACUGCGGCCCUCGAAUUCACGACCCGGACCCUGAGACAGGCCAUGGCCCGGUGGGUGAACCGGACCAUCAGAACUCGCCUCUGGGUCAUACUGGACAAGGCCGCUAGAGACCACACCCCAGUGGAUCUCCAGGACCUGCUCCUCCGGCUCACGUUUGACAACAUAUGCGGGCUCACCUUCGGCAAGGACCCAGAGACGCUCUCCCCGGAAAUGCCCGAGAACCCAUUCGCCAUAGCUUUUGACACCGCCACUGAGGCCACCCUCCAGCGGCUCAUCUACCCAGGAUUCUUGUGGCGGCUCAAGAAGGUACUCAUGAUAGGAUCCGAGGACAGGCUGAAGAAGAGCCUUCAAAUCGUCGAGAACUACAUGAAUGAGGCGAUUGAUGCCAGGAAGGAGAAGCCCUCCGACGACCUCCUCUCCCGGUUCCUGAAGAAGCGUGAUAUGGAUGGGAACCUCUUCCCAAUCUCCGUCCUCCAGCGGAUAGCCCUCAACUUCGUCCUUGCCGGCCGUGAUACGUCAUCAGUCGCACUGAGCUGGUUCUUCUGGCUUGUCAUGAACCAUGCACGCGUGGAGGAGAAGAUUCUGCGGGAACUGAAGACUGUUCUGACAGAAUCACGAGGCGGUGAACCCAAAAGGUGGAUGGAGGAGCCACUGACGUUUGACGAAGCUGAGAAGUUGACUUACCUCAAAGCCGCUCUAGCAGAGACCUUGAGGCUCUAUCCAUCAGUGCCUGAGGACUUCAAGUACGUCAUAACUGAUGAUGUCCUUCCAGAUGGCACCUUCGUUCCAGCAGGGUCCACUGUAACAUACUCGAUCUACUCAGUCGGGAGGAUGAAGGCAAUAUGGGGGGAGGACUGCAUGGAAUUCCGGCCGGAGAGGUGGCUGACAGCAGGGGGAGACCGGUUUGAGCCUCCAAAGGAUGGAUACAAGUUUGUGGCAUUCAAUGCAGGGCCGAGGACGUGCCUGGGGAAGGACCUAGCAUACCUGCAGAUGAAGUCAGUGGCCUCAGCGGUGCUCCUGCGUUACCGCCUGUCGACCGUUCCCGGUCACCGGGUGGAGCAGAAGAUGUCUCUCACCCUCUUCAUGAAAAACGGGCUGCGAGUAUACUUGCACCCCCGCACACUCGCCUAGAGCCCUGAAAAGACAACGGAUACCGAUUUUGCCACUCCAGUGUGGUGUGUCUCCCUGUGUCUUCAAAUUCAGACUGUACACCUUUGUCAACCUUGGUUCCUCUGAUCAAGCCAUCCUACUUGCAGCAUCCACGGGGUAAUUCAUCGAGCCUGAAAAGGAUAAAAUGGUAUUUCACCAGAUUUGGUUGUCCCAUGUCCAUAUAUCAAUAGUAAUAUAUACGCAAUGUCCUUUGAUUUGUUUCUAAUUAAGUUGGCUUUGCGUUUUCCAUUAGUUGUCGAAAGAGAAGUUUGUGGGAGAGGGUCCUGUUGGUUGGUUGGCUGGCUGGUUUGGCAAGGGCGGUUGUGUUUGCUAUUUGUUUAUUCUCCACUCUCGAUGCCAUUUGAUAUCCUCAAAACAUUUGUAUCAAUAAAGCAGUAUAACUAUACAUAUA